AUUGAGCUGCUUGUGAAUUUACAAAUUUGGGUGAGGAGCGAUGGGGAAAAAAUAAAAUUAGGGUGAGGAGUUUGGAUAGUGCGGCGAGGCGACUGGAAGAAGAGCGAGCGAGAGAGGAGAGACGAGAGACAUACGUACCGAGGCCUCUUCCGAGUGUUCGAGUGUAACCUAUACUUCUUUAUAAACGACGAGAGCUAUUUAAUUUUAGAGCUAGAUUAUAAUUUCAGUGUUUCGCGCUUGGAUUACUUAUUCAAUCAUGUCUGACAAGAAGCUUGUUGUUUUAGGUAUUCCUUGGGAUAUCGACACCGAUGGAUUGAGGGAUCAUAUGUCCAAAUUUGGGGAUUUGGAUGACUGCAUUGUUAUGAAGGAUCGGUCUACUGGGCGGUCUCGAGGUUUUGGAUAUGUAACAUUUACAAGUGUAGAUGAUGCUAAGAGUGCAUUGGCUAGUGAGCACUCAUUAGGCGAUAGAGUCCUGGAUGUAAAAGUUGCUACUCCGAAGGAGGUUAUGCGAGUACCUUCCAAGAAAGUCAGUAGGAUAUUUGUAGCUCGGGUCCUCCCAUCUGUAACAGAAGCUGAAUUCAGGAGUUACUUUGAGAAAUACGGUGAAAUAACAGAUCUAUAUAUGCCAAAGGAUCCUAGAUCCAAAGGACACCGAGGAAUUGGGUUCAUCACUUUCGCAAACCCAGAAUCCGUGGAUGAUCUGAUAGCUGAGAGUCAUGAAUUAGGAGGUUCUGCUGUAGUUGUGGACCGAGCAACUCCUAAGGAGGAAGACUUCAGACCAGUUAGUCGAAUGCCAUUGGAGCGCCAGCCAGGUGGUUAUGGUGCCUACGAUUCCUACAUCAAUGCAGCAACUAGAUAUGCUGAUCUAGGUGCACCAACUAGAUAUGAUUAUCCUGGUGCUAUGUAUGGAAGGGGACAAUCUGGUCGUGGAAUAAGCAAAAAGAUAUUUGUUGGCCGGCUUCCUCAAGAGGCAAGUAUUGAAGAUCUUCGCCAGCAUUUUGGUGAAUUCGGCCGUAUUAUCGAUGUUUAUAUUCCAAAGGAUCCAAAGAGAAGUGGUCACAGGGGUUUUGGUUUUGUGACCUUUGCUGAUGAAGGGGUUGCUGAUAUUGUGUCUCGAAGGUCGCAUGAGAUCUGUGGACAGCAGGUUGCAAUUGAUUCAGCUACGCCUGUUGAUGAUGCCGGUCGCAGUGGACAUCACAUGAUGGAUGAACCUGAGCCAUUUGCUGAUUAUGCUGGUCCAACACGGACGUACGGGAGGAUGUAUGGAAGCCUGGAUUUUAAUGAUUGGGGUGGUUAUGGAAUUGGUGAGGGAAGACCAGGUGGUUAUGGUCCUUAUGGGAUCAAUGGCGGAAGGCCUGGGGGUUAUGGGAUUGGUGGGGGACGGCCGGGUGGUUAUGGAAUCAGUGGGGGGAGACCGGGUGGUUAUGGAAUCGCAGGAAGACCAGAUGGUUAUGGAACUGGUGGGGGAAGACCACCAUCAAGAGCUGAUUCGAGGUAUAGGCCUUACUAGAAUUUUAAAUCUGAGGCCAAGUGGAGCUGGCUUAGUGACAGCUGAUGGUGUACCCUGUUCCUUCCCUACCAAAACAAGAAUCUAGGCUGCUAUCAUCUAAUGUUACAAAUACUGAAACUUUCUUCUGUGUUUUUUUUUUUUUUUUUAACUUGUAAACAGAUCUGUCAACAUUUUAAUUUUGUGUUUGGAUGUGGAUCACUAUCAUUUCCUUGUAUACAAGGAAGAAAGUUCCUUUAAUCUGUUUUGAAUAUUAUGCAAUUUGGUUACAUAUUUCAGAUUUAA